UUGUUUUGGCCUUGGUUUGAACGUGGGCGGCAGAGGUGGCACAGCUGACUGCUUAGUGGCCCAGGUGCUGCAGCUAGUUCUCUCGGGUCCUUAACCUGAACCUCUACGAAGCAUAGACACGAUUUAACGUGGUAAAAAAGCGUUGACAACAGCUGUGUGUCGUCGAGGUUAAACGAGAAAACCUGUCGUGUUACCUGAGGUGUUUCUCAAGACAGAACUCUUCCGCACAACCAUGAGACUAAGGAACUUGAUGCAUAAUUUGCUCCUUUUGACGCUAGUUAGGUGCAGGUGUUGGGCUGUGGAAGAGACGUGUGGCGACGAUGACAGGAAGAUGACCAACAUGUACAGUGAAGAAGCCAAUAAACCUUGGGCAAAAUACACCACUCAGAUUGAGGAAGCGGUAGCAUCAUACAAGUCUUGUGACCCAGGGAAGUGUUCCUGUCACUAUCACCUCAUUAAGAAAGACUUGGCACCUUUCAAGGAUGGCAUUGACAAAAGUGUGAUAGAGAAAUCAAGAGACAGGGGUACCUUUUAUCAGAUCAUCAACCAUAAGCUGUACAGACAAAGUGACUGCAUGUUCCCAAGCCGAUGUAAGGGUAUUGAGCAUUUUAUCUUAAAGAUCAUUGAUAAGUUACCAGAUAUGGAGAUGUUAAUUAACACAAGAGAUGUACCCCAGGUCAAUAAACGUUUUGGUGAAAGGAAGCCUAUAUUUUCUUUCAGUAAGACUGCCGACUAUUUGGACAUCAGUUAUCCAGCUUGGACAUUCUGGGAAGGUGGACCAGCAAUUUCCCUUUAUCCUACGGGCCUUGGUAGAUGGGACAUGCUGCGAAACACACUUAUGAAUGUAGCCAAACAGUGGCCUUGGGAAAAUAAGAAACCUCUAGCAUUUUUCAGAGGGUCUCGUACAAGUUCAGAGAGAGAUGAACUCGUGUAUCUUUCAAGAGAGAACCCGAACAUUGUUGAUGCCCAGUACACCAAGAACCAAGCCUGGAAAUCAGAUGCUGACACUUUGUAUGCUCCCCCUGCCUCUGAAGUAUCACUUGAAGACCAUUGUCAAUAUAAGUAUCUCUUCAACUUCAGGGGAGUAGCAGCCAGCUUCAGGUUCAAACACUUGUUCCUAUGUCAAUCUCUUGUUUUUCAUGUGGGUGAUGAGUGGAUGGAAUUUUUUUACCACAAGAUGAAGCCUUGGGUACACUACAUUCCUGUUAAGACAGGCGCAUCAAAGGAAGAAAUCAGUACACUGAUUGAGUUUGCUAAGAAAAAUGAUGAGGCUGUAUCUCAAAUAGCAGAGAGGGGCUAUCAGUUCAUCCGAAAUCAUCUGAGAAUGAAGGAUGUCUUGUGCUAUUGGAAGAAGCUGCUUCUCACAUAUGCUGAGUUACUUAAAUAUAAACCACAGAAAGAAGAGGGAUUAAUUACUAUUGUGCCAGUGAGUUAAUGUUUAUGAGAAUGAUGAAGUGUUAGAAACAAGAUCAUUGUUUGCGCUGUUAUGUUUGUGCGUGCGACUUAGCCUCUGCCUGCUAGCUACUGGUACCUGGUGCUUUUAUAAUUCAAAUGUUAUUGUUGUCCGCCGUACCUGCUCUUAAAACUGUGAAUGGAGAUGGCUUUCACAGCUUCUCCCAAGUGCAUUCCACUUGUAUAUCUCUGGCUCAUUUAUAUUUCUAACCUGCACCAGUGUUUUCUUAUCAUAUUAUUCCUCGCUUAGGAAGUGAGGAAUAAUAGAAUAGGAUAAGUGAGAUAAUAGAUAAUAUCUAUUAUAAUAUCUAUCCAGGUUCAGAUAAUAGGAGUGCCAUUGCUUACCUUUUUUAUUGAUCUUGGUAUUUUAUUAGGUUGAAUUCUUUUAAUCUGUAUUCAUAGCUUAUGGGCUUUCUUAAUCCCCUUGAGCAUCACAAGAUGAAGAUUCUAUGUCAGUGUGCUGCACAUUCUGGAACUGGUUUGACUUGGUAUGUACCGGUUGUGCUUAUGGGGUUUGAUAUCCACCUCUUUUGUUUUACCUCUCAACUCUAAAUUGUCUCGUGUACAGGUUCAUGAGCCCUUUGGCCUUUUCAUAUAUCUGAUGUUUUGUAUCGAAUUUUCUUCCAAUAUUUUAUUGAUGCUUUUGAUAAUUACUUCCUUCCAGUAUUUCACUUUUUAAUGCAUUCCAAUUUUUAAAACUAUUCUGAUUACAGAAAGGGAUUCUGACAUGUGAGUUGUUAGUGCACUACCUCACAUGCCAAUCACUCUGGUUUUUAGUGAGUAGAGCAUAAUAAUGUACUCACCUAGUUGUACUCCUAGUUGUACUUGCAGAGGUUGAGCUCUGGCUCUUUGGUUCCACCUCUCAACUGUCAAUCAACUGGUGUACUGCUUUCUGAGCCUACUGGGCUCUAUCAUAUCUACAUUUAAAAUUGUGUAUGGAGUCAUACACAAUUAUAUGUAUGUCAUAAAUUGUGUGUUCUAAUGGAAGAUGGUAGCAUUUUUUAACAUGGUUAGAAAGCGCUGUUCUUUUUCUCAUUAUGAAUUUAGCUUUUAGACUAAAUGUUGAUCCUUUGAGGGUUGGCCUAAGUAAGUGUGAUUCAACCAAAGGGGUUUAGUUUAUUUAUAACUAGAUUUUAAAGAAACAAAAUAACUGACAACUUUUCUGGUAUUUGUAAUUCUGAAAAGUGUGUGCACACACUUGUGAAGAAUUUUGUUAUCUCGCUAAACACACUCCGUGGCACUGCAGGAACUACCAUAUAUGCUGGCAAGUAAGACAUCUAAUUUACAACGAUGUUUUGUGAGAAAUACACAUUAGUGUGCUUCAUUAUACAUUUAUUGAAAGUGAUUUUGUAAGGAAAAAUAUGAGAUAUUGUGCAUGUAAAUACAAUACUGUGUAUAUAUUGGUUAAAGGAGGACAAAAUAUCCGUCCUAUGUUCCGUUAAAUAUGGUAUUACAAAAGAGUUAUCAUGUAAAUUGGUAUUUUAAUUAUAUUUAAUAAUUUGGUAAGGGGUCACUUUGUAAAUGCUUUGACAAAACUUAUUCUAAAUUGCUUCGAAUUUGGUGUAGGGCAUGUAUUUUUGUAAAUAUAUGCUAUGUAGUAUUAAUUACAGGUUCAGUAAUCUCUAGUACUUUAAUAGUUGAUGGAUCUUGUGGUACAGUUUAUUGUAAAGUGAAAAUCAUAGAUGGGUACUUGAUAACUUUUUUUUUUUAACAAGGCCUUAUUCAAAUUACUUAAAAAAAUUGUAAGUGUGUUAGGACCGUUAAAAGUAGUACAUUGCUUUAAAUCAAUGUAGCCACUUGAUUGUGGAGUUUUUUACAUAUCCAAUGUAUACAGUACAGUAUGGGCAGUACAGUAUAUACAGUCAUGUAUAGCAUUUUGUAUACUUAUGACAAGGGGGGGUUUUAAGCAUGAUGUAAUGCUGGUAAGUGAUAUUGGUCUAAUUCAUCUAUAAUUCUGUAAUUUGUUUAAUAUGCAAGAGUUCUAUAAUAGUUUUUUUUUUUAGGGGGAUGAAACCACAAGUGAAAAAUACAAAUAAAUGCUGUAUAUGUAA